AUGGCCAUUGUUCAAGGAAUCUCUGCAUAUACGCAUAAAGGUCCUUCCUGAAGUUCCCUUUCGAAUUUCUCUCUCAAGCAAUUAUUAAAGUGAACAUUAUCAAGACUUCUCAGUUAACAAGAUUUUGUCUGUCUCUUCAGUGAAACCGCCAAUCAUAGCUAAAGUUCUGUCCUCAUUUGUAGUGCAAUCUUCUACAUAAUGUCCACUACCAAUCCUACUGAGAGCAGCCCUCCUUUGCCUCAUAUUGAUCUCUCCAAGCCCCGAUAUGAUCAGAACACGUACACAGGUCGUGCGAGGCACUUCUACGAGACUGCCAACCCGCUCAACCUAUUUGUGAGCACCAGGAAACUAGCGGAGGCUGCUCAGCUUGUCAAGGACCACAAGAGAGGGGCUGCUCCUAAAGGCACUACGGAGGAUCAGCUGUGGAAGGCCAAGCGGCUGUAUGACUCUGCCUACCAUCCGGACACAGGAGAGAAAAUGUUGCUUAUUGGGAGGAUGUCUUUCCAGGUACCAGGUCAAAUGACUAUCACUGGAUUCAUGCUCACCUUCUACAAGCACCCUGCUGCAGUGCUGUUCUGGCAGGCCACUAAUCAAGCAUACAUGGCUACCAUCAAUUUCACAAACAGAAGUGGAGACAAGUUUAUACCCACAGAUCAGCUGGUCAAGUGCGGCUUGGCGGCAACUACAGCUGCUACUACCACAGCUCUUAUAUUGAACAAAGUCGUUCAAACGCGUCUCCCUCCUCUGAUUGGACGGUUUGUGCCGUUUAUGGCGAUAGUGGCAGCCAACACAGUCAACAUCCCCCUCAUGAGACUAGACGAGUUUCACAACGGCAUACAGGUCACAGAUAAAGAGGGAAAUAAACUCGGAGAUGUGCGAUCUAAGACGGCUUCUAAUCAAGCGUUGUUCAAGGUCUUAUUGACACGAGUUAUAACAGCUCUUCCAGUUAUGGUUGUGCCUCCAAUUAUUAUGAACUCUCUGGAGAAAAGAUUUCCUAUAACUAGAGGACCUGCGAUGAGCACCUUGCUGUCAGUGGGACUGGCAGGGUUAUGUUUAUGGUUUGCUGUCCCCCUCAGCCUGGCUAUGUGGCCUCAGCAAAGUUCCAUGCACAUUUCCAAGCUGGAGCCGGAAGUGAGAGAAUCUGUUCUCAAAGUGUCCCCCAACACAACCACAGUGUAUUAUAACAAAGGACUAAAAGCUCACAAACACAUCUUCAAAGAAACAGCUACCAUGGACAAGUCUCCAACCACGAAUAUUGACCUAUCGAAGCCUCGUUAUGGAGACAAUACCUAUGGAGCAAGGUUCCACCACUUCUUAGAGACUACCAGUCCACUGAACGUAUUCGCAAGUAAUAGGAGACUGGCAGAGGCUGCUACCAUGGUCAAAGCUCACAGGGAAGGACAGACCCCUCAGGGCACUACGGAGGAUCAGCUGUGGGAGGCCAAGAGGCUGUAUGACUCUGCCUACCAUCCGGACACGGGAGAGAAGAUGUUGGUGUAUGGUCGAAUGUCGUUCCAAGUGCCUGGCAACAUGAUCAUCACAGGACUCAUGAUAACCUUCUACAGGACCACAGGUGCUGUAAUCUUUUGGCAGUCGGCUAAUCAGGGGUUUAAUGCUCUUGCAAACUUUACCAACCGUAGCGGAGUCAAAGACAUCCCUACAAAACAGGUUGUUGGAUGUGGAGUGGCUGCCACAGCUGUAGCUACCACCACUGCUCUCACUCUCAACAAAAUUGUGAAAAAAUACAAGCAGCGCCUGCCUCAUCUGAUUGGACGGUUUGUGCCCUUUGUUGCCAUAGCAGCGGCUAACAUGGUAAACAUUCCCCUUAUGAGAUGGGAGGAGUGGAACAAUGGCAUUCACGUGACUGACCAGGACGGGAACAAACUGGGAGACAAAGUCUCAAAGAAUGCAGCAAGAACAGGUGUUGCUCAAUCUGUUCUGUCAAGAAUCACAAUUGCUUUCCCAAUUUUGAUCAUCCCCCCAGUUAUUAUGGAGUCAUUAGGGAAGAUGGUCCCUAGUGUGGUUAGCAACACUGGGAUGAAUGCAAGUCUAACUGUGAUCUUGACUGGACUAUGCCUUUGGUUGGCUGUGCCGAUGGGCCUAGCAAUAUUCCCUCAGAGAAGUUCCAUGCACAUCUCCAAGCUGGAGCCGGAAGUGAGAGAGUCUGUUCUCGAUGUGUCCCCUAACACAACCACAGUGUAUUAUAACAAAGGACUCUGACUUUCAUAAGAAACCUUACCUUCAAACAUUUUUAUGCUUUUUUU